AUGGGCCAGAAACAGGAAGACGACGAUCUGCCAAACGGUGAUACCAGACGGCACAGCGAGCCCAGCAUCAAGCGUCGCCGCAUCACAAAGGCCUGCGAUUUCUGCCAUCGUCGAGGGCGGAAAUGCAAGCCCGUGCCCGACGGAGGCGACCCCGCCUCCGUCGCCAGCCCUGGCGGCACCCCAAGCUGUCUGACCUGCAUCGAACACGGCGCGACCUGCACAUGGAACCGUGUUGCCGCCAAGCGAGGUGUCAAAUCAAAGACGUCGCCCUCCUCAUCGGUGAACAAUAACAAGUCUCACUCCUUCGAUGAUGCCGAUGGCGAUAGGUGGUUCUACGACGAAAGCCGCCACGGGAGCCGGGCCCUCAUCUAUCGGCUCAUCGUCAUCUUUUUUGACACUGUAUACCCUGUAUUUCCAUUUUUCGACGAGGUGUCCUUACACAAGGAAUGGGAGGCCACCAGUCUGUCAUCCAGCAGGGCUUCAUUCGCCCGGCUGAUGGCUAUUUGUGCAUUGAGUUCGUGUCACGUCAGAGAUGGCGCCUUGUUCAACCCGGAUACGCCCACUCCUCUUCUCCUCGAGCAUCAUGAAGCCUACAUGCAGGAUGCAGAAAGGGCGAUUCCAGAAAGAAAUCGCGACAUCAGCAGUUCCGAAGCCUUUGAGUAUCUACAGGUCCUCGGCACUUUAUCGCUGGCCGCCACACAGCUCAAAGACGACCCUCUCUUCCAUGAGUGUAUGGGCCGUUAUCAUACAUUAGUAGCUCAGCAUACCUUCCAUUUCGAAGCGCGCUGGCCCUCGCACCUAACAUACCCCGAGAAGCAUGUAAGGCGGCAGUUCUUCUGGUCAAUGUACCGCUUGGAGGUUCACGCUGCGCUGAUCGACGACCACGUGGUACGGUGCCCCGAACUACAGUGCGCCGUUGCAUAUCCGCAGCAAGUUGACGGCCUCGCCGGCAUCGUCGACGCGUCAGGGCAAACCGAGAAGACUCGUUUCAGCCAUGGCAGCUGGCUCACCGGCUGGAACUACAUCACCGACUUGUACCGCGUUCUGGAACACGUCAUUGUUCGAAUGCGCAAAGAUCGACUGAAGACUCUCGACAGAGGGCCGAUUCAACACGAACCUCUUAUGCCCAACAUUGACGACAUGCUGCACCUGGUUCUUGGGAAGAAGAGCAAUCUUCCACCAUAUGCCACAAGCGCUUACCCAGCGUCAAAAGACGUAGAAGCAAACCUAUGUGGAUUCCAAGUAGCCAAUAUUGCUUGUACCUUCCAGCUACUCCGGAUGGCGGCAUUCGCAUGCCACAACAAAUUUGAAGAUGCUUGCGGCGCUGCGCUCGAACUCGUACAAGAGAUUACUCUAGUGCCGGUAGAGUACUUGCGGGCAAUCGGAUAUCCCAUGUUGCAAGAGUUGGCAGGGGUCGCUCACUUGCUUAGCAGCUUCAUUGCCCGCCAGUUGGUCGACUGGCAGUAUUACAAACUUCGCGAAGUCAUGUAA